AUGGGGAACGCCGAGCUCGCCGCGCGGUGGGCAACGCGGCGCGUCGACGACGAGAGGCCCGCGUCGCCCAAGAAGUACGACUUGUUCAUCAACCACCGCGGGGUGGACACCAAGCACAACGUGGCGCGCCUCCUGUACGACCGCCUCGAGCACCUCAGCGGGGGCCGGGUCCGCUGCUUCCUGGACAACAAGUCCAUGCGCCCCGGCGACAGGCUCCACGAGAGCAUCAACGAGGGCAUCAGGCAGUGCAGGGUCGCCGUGGCCAUUUUCUCCCCGCGCUACUUCGACUCCGACUUCUGCCUCCACGAGCUCGCCAACAUCGUGGAGUCGCGCAAGCUCCUCAUCCCCAUCUUCUACGGCAUCAAGCCCGACCGCUUCAGGUUCGCUCUCAACGAGGCCAAGUACACCGUCGGCCUCACCCACGACCCCUCCAAAGAGUACGUGCCCUCUUAUUUGCAACUCCAUCUCCAAUUCUCCAUGCACGUACACCAGGUCCGCCAAGUCACUGCAGAUCGCCAUUGCACAAAGAUGGAGUCAGUUCAAAGCUAG